AUGAAGACUCGCUCCAUGAAGGAAAACACGCAGAAUAUGAUCCGAUCGCGGAAGUCUCAUUACAAAUCUCGUGCAGGAUGUGGCAACUGCAAGAGGAGACGUAUUAAAUGCGAUGAAAAGAAGCCUGCGUGCUUAAAAUGUGUUCAUCAUUCCAUCGAAUGCGACUUUCAGCAAGCUGCAGCAUCGCUCUCAGCUUCACCAUCCGCAGCCAUAUCUUCACCUACCUCGUCUCAAGGCUCAAAAACGCGAUUCAGGUUCAAGCCCUCAAAAUAUCAAUCCAAAGAAUCAACACCAGAUGGAACAAACCACCUAUCUUCCCAACCCAUCGCCACAGAGAUCCAACCUAGUGAUUUAAACCUCGAAGAAACCCUCACCUUCACGGACCUCCGUCUCUUCCACCACUUUGUCACACAAACGUACCGCACCCUAACCGACGAAGCAACAGACAACAACCGCAUUUGGCAGCAUCACUUACCCCAAUGGGGGUUCUCAACGCCCUCAAUCUUCCACUUAAUCCUCACAUUGGCAGCCCUACACCUAGCCCAUCUCCACCCAGAAAAGAGAGCCCAAUAUUUCCUCCAAGCUGACAACCACUUCACAUUCGGCAUCCGGUCCGUGACAGCCAUUUUAUCAACGCUCAAUGAAGACAACUGCCAAUUGAUCUAUAUGUCCGCAAUGAUGAUCUGUCUGGUAUAUUUCGGACACGGACCUCGAACCGGUGAAUACCUUGUGUUUAGUCGGACAGGCCAGGCGGAAUGGCUCCUUCUAAUGCGUGGUGUGCGCUCCAUCCUGAUGUCGAGCCAUGAUAAGAUAUUCUCCGGCGUUUUGGCGAUCCAGCCUGACCCGAGCAUUGCUGGUAUCAGUCCGGAAUUUCAGGAUGAGCUUCGCAUUCAUCGGUCUCAUCUUGAGGAUGUUCAGCGAUUUAUCGAAGCGCAGACUGGUGGAAUGCCUGCUGGUGAGAUGUAUGCUGGAGCGCUUACGAAUUUGGUUGAGAUGUUUGAUGAAGCUUAUUGUAUUCGGAGUGCUGGAAAGGGUGGAAUUUGCCUGAUGCCUGUUGUUGUUGGGUGGAUUUAUCGGCGGCCUGAGGAAUUUAUUGGGUUGCUUGAGAAAAAGGAUCCGCUUGCGUUGAUCGUCCUUUCUUAUUGGUGUAUUUUGUUGAAGUUCAUGGGUUCUUCUUGGCUUAUGAUCGGUUGGGAUCGACACGUUAUUGCUGGGAUACAGUCGUCUUUGGGUGCUGAGUUUCAUUGUCAUAUUGAGUGGCCUGUUGGUAUUAUUUGCAGUUGA